GGACCAAAAACUUCCACGUCAACUCCAAUCUCCAAAGUCCAAACUUGCGUUGUAUGGUAAUUGCCAAUACGAUUAUUUCAGCUGUCCAGCCCAAUUUGCCCAAAGUGCAAAGCUGAAAAUGUAAGAAAAGUGCUUGGCGAAAUCUUCUCUCUCUCUCUCUCUCUCUCUCUCUCCCAAAACCCUUUUUGUUUUGCAUUUUCUCUCGACCCCGUUUGGUGCAAUUCGAUCUGAUCCUGCCAAUCCUCCGAAAUGGAAAAUAAUACUGAGGGCACACCCCACGAAGCUUUGUUCUUUGUCUUAGGUUACCUUCCUGUGAUAGAGCUCCUUGUAAUGAGCCAAGUUUGCAGGUCACUGCGAGAUGCAGUGAACAACGAUGUGCUGGUAUGGCUGAAUGUCACCGUGGACAGGUCUUUGGGAUUGCGGCUUUCUGAUAAUAUUCUCAGGAAGAUUACUUCAAAAGCCAAUGGUCUGCUCAGAACCUUGGCUCUGGUUAAUUGUGUGAAGAUAACCAAUGAUGGGCUUCUACAGGUCGUGCACCAAAACCCUCUUAUUAACAGGCUCCAUGUACCAGCAUGUACUGGCUUAAGCCCUGAGGGAGUUAUAGCAGCAGUGAAAACAUUAACUAAAUAUCACAACUUAGAGACUCUGAGGAUAGAUGGUAUCUACAAUAUACAGAAAGAACACCUAGAAACACUUCAAUCCCAUCUUCAAAUGAAUCAGCAAGAGCAGGCCUUCACCUUUUUUCAUGACUAUAGAAACUUCUCGACCCUAAAACACGAAGGGAGUAGCAGCCCAAUUGACAUUGAGCUCUGCCCCAGGUGCAGCAAUGUAAGAAUGGUUUUUGACUGCCCAAGAGAGUCCUGCAAGACAGGGAAGAGUGGGCAGUCAGCGAGAACCAAAUGCAGGGGGUGCUACUUCUGCAUUCCCAGGUGCGAGGAAUGUGGCAGAUGUGUCGGUCCUGAAGAAUUGGAAUGGGCUGCUUGUGUUGACAUCUUGUGCUCGGAUUGCUGGUUUCUUCUUCCUAAAUGCAGUUUUUGCAAUAAGGCAUCUUGCAAGCGACAUGCCAAUCAGUGUGGCAGUUUCCUAAGCUCUACUGGUUGGGUGUGUGCUGUUUGUCAUGAAAAAUGCAUCAAUGGUUCAUGCAGCUGAGACCAGAUAAUGAAAGAUUUCAUGUCCUAGUCAUAUAAUCUCUCAUAUCUUGAUGUGCUUUUGAGGUUUUAAUUUCCAUAGUUUUUAUUGUACACAAACUUUCCUAGCAUUCUUUUUGGAAAGAAGUAGAAAAUUUAGUAAGAAAAUGUACAGGGAAAGAAUACGAUGAGCAGGGGACUUGGCUCUAGGGCUGAGAAAUGAAAUGUUUUUUGGCUGAGACAUUCAACCUCUUGAGAUUCAUCAAUGUACAGGCUGUUAAAUAA